CACUACCGUUCUUGCGCCUGCGCACUUGGGCCGAGAAGGAUCGAGGCUGAUAGGGGAAGGGAGCCGCGUGCGGGACAGGAUCCUGGACUGGGAGUUGGUGGGGGUCUUCUAACAACGGGAAAGCGGGAGCGCCGCACGGCCCGGCUGGUGUUAUCUGGGUCUGGCACUUGGAGUCGGCAACUUGGGCGGGGCCAGAGCUGCGGGGGUGGGGCUCUGUCCUGUACGGGAAGCCGCUCUCCGUGCCUCCAGGCCCCUUGGUGAUCCGUGCCUUGCACCCGCGCAGUGCGGCAGGGGGCUGGGCGCGCGGCGCAGCAGAGGGCGGGGCUGGGCGCGGGGUGACUGCGGCGGCCAUGUCGCUGCAAGAGGAUCCGGUGCAGCGCGAGAUCCACCAGGACUGGGCCAACCGCGAGUACAUCGAAGUGAUCACCAGCUCCAUCAAGAAAAUUGCGGAUUUCCUCAACUCCUUUGACAUGUCCUGCCGCUCCCGGCUCGCUACCCUUAACGAGAAGCUGACCGCGCUGGAGCGACGGAUCGAGUACAUCGAGGCCAGGGUAACAAAGGGCGAAACUCUGACCUAAUUGCAGAAGGCUGGUGGGGAGCUGACCUGGAGAUGAUUGUGCGGCUGUGCCAGAGUUGACUGUCAGACAUCUGAUUUCUUCAUUACUUCUUAUUGGUGACAGGACUUCAGCUUGUUUGUGAGAUGCAAUAUCCCUGCCUUCAAGUGCAUGGCUCCAGGGUGACUCCAGAGGAAAUUGAUAAAAUGCAAAUGAGCAUGUUGAAUUCAGUUUGUGCAGACAGAUUCAUGCAGCUGUCAAAUACUCCUGCACCCCUUAAUCUCUCUCUCAUUCCCAGCUGUGCAUGUAGAACGCCUACAUUUUGCAGCUGCAGAAUCUCUCUGGCCAAAAGUCGCUUUGUGGGAAGAAAACUUCUCUUGGGAGCUGACUGGCUGAGGAAGUGGGUGUCCAUGCUAUUGGCGGGCCACUCCUCUGGUGGUUUCAGUUCCUUUAGCAAACACUGCAACUUAUAUCUCUUAGCAAAAAUGUCAAAUAUAUCCAUCCUUCCAGUCUGCGAGCAGAGCAGUACAUGUGCAGUCUGUGGUUGGCAGGGUGAGGCAGGGGAAUAGGUAAUGUGCCAAGAUAAACUCUCUGGGCAGGGUGGGUUUCAGAGCUUUCUGUGUCUUUUGUAUUCUGUAAUGUCACAUGGGGAGUGUCUUUCAUUUGUGUUUCAACAAUAAAUUGCCUCUGCUGAUGGGGUCUGAGCUGA